AUUCGCGCGCGGCAGUGUACACGUUCGUAUUACAAAACGGUUCCCCCUUGGGAGGACAAUUCCAUCGACCGUGGACACACGAGCUCCGGGUGCUUGCUUGCUUGUCGUACGCAAAGCCAGCUGUACAAACGCUGAAGCCUGGCAAGUCGUUACCUUUCCGGAGAGAGGUUACCACCACAACACGCGUGCCUAACCAGUGCCAGUACGUGGUUAGCUUUUGAUCGCUUGCGGUAGAACGCAAUUUACCGGUGACUUUGAAAGUUCGGAGUGAUGAAUUUUAUAAAUCGAGUGACUGAGCGAAAACAUGUGCGAGCUUUAAAGGAGUCUUUUGAUUAAAGAAAUGUCUGUCUGCGGACUUUAAAUGAAGGUUAAUGUAAGUGAAGUGUAUGUUUAUUGAUCGAUAUCUAUCGAUCGGCAUUAGGGGAAGGUGGUACAAGUGGUGUGCUGUGAAUGAUAAGAGUAUAAUUUAAUGCAUAUCGAUAGCUGAUAAGAUAAGGGGUUUGAAAACAGUUAGCCCAGUGGCGUUAGAACAGAGUGAACAGUGAGCUUACAGCUGAGCGUUUAAAGGGAAUGAACCUAGAGAUCGAUCAGAUGGAACAAACUGUGUUAUAAAAACCUGUUCAACCAUCCUUUUUAAGGCGUAUACAACAUCACAGCGUGAGAGGGGGUGUGUGUGAUUCGGUGUUUGCUGUGUUUAGCUUUUGAGUUCUUUUUUUGUUGCUUAUUUUGCUCACCCCACGGAUUAAACGCUUCACACCAUCGCCCUGGGGCUGGCCUAACGGCCAAGCUUGAAAAAAGAGAGGAGAAAAACAGCAAAAAGAAGCAAACAAUUUAAAAUUUUACAACCGUGUCGACCGUUUGAUGUUUACCGGGCCCCCGAGUCUUUCCAUCGCUACCGGUGGUAACGCUUCGUAACGCUACUCGCCUCCCUCCCCAACAAGCAAUGUCGUCGAAACCGGUAACGCCGGUUUCGCAGCGCCGCGCGUAUCCUGGCGAAAAUGAAAACACUCGCAUCCCGCAACCCUUCUGCCGGUCCUUCUCGUUGCGCAUGCGCACCAGCCGAAGCUUCCAUGACUACCAACAUUAUCGGAGCGAGUGCUGCGAUUGCGAUUGUGGUGCCUCGCAGCAGCAGCAGCUGGGCAGCCAUCCAAGCAAUCUAGUCAUGCAAGGAUCGGGAGUGAAGACGAAAAAUACGGCGGCCACAGUAUUGCACGGAGGCAGUAAAUCGAUUUCCCAUGGCCUCCAUCAGCAGCAGCAGCAGCAGCAACGUUCACCAACGAUGGCAACUUCGAAUCCUGCCACGGACGUCGCCGACGAGGUGGAUUCAUUCGCCGUUUCGUCCAGCACCGGAAAGGAUGGCUCCGUACCGAACGGUGUAAUACCGCACGGCGGUCACAGUGAUGGCGGUCACACGCAGCACACCAAUUGCAUCACAUCGUCCGGGCUGUGCAAGUCGAAAGGAACGUGCCAGCAGCUGAAACAGCAGCAACCCAGCAUCAGCUGUCAGCAGAAGCAGCAUGAGCGUGGCAUGUCUUUGAAUUUGAUCAACUCCGGACACAGUAGCAGUAGUAGUCAAAGAACGCCCCGAACUCCACAAACACCGGGCGGAGGUUCCGGACUGGGUUUGCAGCGCGCCGGCGGCGGCGGUGCAGUCGGCAGUGGCCUCAGUCCCAAGACGCCACCCGUUUCGCCCGAGUCUCCAAUCAACAGCUAUCUGGACGAUGAUCUAGACUCGCUGCACAGCUACAGCUCGGUGGCGAGCGGCAUGUCCUGCGACCAUCCGUACGUCGCGCGCAACGGCACGACCUUCAGCGGCCGCAAGAUGAAGUACGUGGUGCACUGCUCGAGCCACGCGGGACAAACCGGCGGCGACUAUCUGACGCCGACGCAGCGCGCCCAGCGCCAGAUACGCCGGCUGAAGGAGCUGCUCUCGCAGGCGCGGUGCGAUCUGGAGCAGCGCGACAGCGAGAUCCUGCGGCUCACGAAGGAGGUGGUCGAGCUGCGCCUGUUCAAGGCAUCGCUGAGCUCGCCGGAGGAGCGCAGCAACUCGAGCGAUGCGGUAACGGUGCGCGAGAACACCACGAACGAUGUGAACACGCCCAGCUCGAGCCAGGACAUUUCGCCCAUCGUCGACCAGAUCGAUGAGGGGGUGGCGAAGGCGAGCCCACGCCACCACCAUCACCAUAUGCAGGCUGGCAUCCAUCAGGUGCAGUUCAUCGACAAGCUGUCGACGUCCGAGAUGCAGAGCUCGUUCGCUGAUUCGGGACACUUCGAGGACAUUACCACGUCGUCGAUCCACUCGAAGGACUCGUACGUGCACACGCAGGACCGUGCGUGCGGCAGUGACGAGGAGAUGGAUGCGGAGCGGAAGCGGCUUGUCGCCCUGUACGAAGAGCGCAUCGAGGAGCUGAUCAAGCAGCACCAGUCGGAGGAACAGCAGCUGCGCACGUCGAACAACGAUCGGUUUGAGGUGCUGCUCCAGAAGCUGGCCGAGUCCAACACACGCUACUGCGAUCUGGUGCCGGACUAUGAGCAGGCUAAGGAGCGCAUCCGAGAGCUGGAGAAGCAGCUGGAAAAACUGCAAACGCAACUGCAGGAGCAGGAGGAUAAGGCGAACAAGAUGUAUCUGCACAUGUACACCAAGGGCCAGGAGGCGGAGCGGCAGGAACAGGCAGACCGUGUUAGCGAUAUGGCACACGCCUCACCAAGCCGCGUCUCCAUUCCGGAACUGAUGCAGCAGCUCCAGGUCACACAGGAUGAACUGGAAAACAUAAGGGAUACGAACUAUCAGCAAGAAAGUGGCGGUACGCAGGUUUUACUGAGCGCAAAAGAAGCAAUCUCACUCUGGCUUCUCGGUGCCCGUAAGACCAUGUACAAGCGAUUGAUCGAUGCUCAGCAGACGAAAAACAAGGUCGAUCCCGAAGUGACGCUGCAGUUCCUGAAGAGUGCAAUCUACUACUUCCUGACGGACAAGGAAAAUUCGCAGGGCCACUUGAACGCGAUUGAGAGUAUUCUCGGCUUCUCCGAUGUAGAGCGCUCCAAUAUCGACAAGGCGCGAGCGUACAAGUAAAACGGUUUAAGAGCACUGCAACGCUUAUAUAUAGAAACAAAAUGGGAGAAAUAGUAAAAGAAUUAGGUAAAAAAUAUAGCCUACAGUAUGUUUUAUCGACACAGAUACACACAACACAUGCACCCACACACACACACACACACACACACACACACAUAAAUAUCUAGGCAAAACACGUUCAUUACUGUAGAUACGAUUUUAACGUCCCUUGCAACAGUAGUAAAAGCUAAGAUGCAAGAAGUUCGAUGUACUGAAUAUGAGGAGUGAAUACAACAAAACGGCCUGUCACGUACUUCUGGUUUGUGAGAUAGCGAAAGAGUAGUACAGGGCAUCUAGACACGAAGCGAACGGAUGUAUGAAUAGCACUUUAAGCAUGAUCUAAAAGAGUUUAUUCCUCCACACGUUUAAACCAAUAUGGUCCUCACGUGAAGCUACUGUGAAGAUGUAUGUAGAUGGUUCGGUUUAAGGUAGUUUUCUUCAGUUCCUUUGCACUUGGAUUAAUAUUUAUUCGUUACAAGGUUGAUAUAGCUGUCGGUUUUGUGGGAUUUGGCUUUGAUUUUAUCCAUAAUCCAAAUUUUAUCGUCUCCCGACAAUAUACGCAAAGCAGCGCUUUCCUUUCGAGUUCCGUUUUAGACAAGAAGUGGUCAGCUGUUUUCUCUGUUCGUCGUUGCUUCUACACAUACUACAAAAGGAUACUCUCUGCCAUCCAGAUUUUGAUAACACCAUGCUGAUGAGAAAUAGAUAAAGUAAAUAGAAUCGUUAUCCAUAGAGCUACAGAGUAAUUUAACUCUAUGUUGUCGCUUGAAGAUAGAUAUGAAACUACGCAUACGUCCAGACAAAGCAGCUUUCGAUGCAGGUAGAUAAGUAAAUUAGCUAUCACCAAAAAUAUAUUAUAUCCCAGUGGUCCCUACGCAUUGACCGUGCAACUAGUGGCAGACCGUUUUUCUUACCUUUGUUUGCAAGCCGAAUGCAGCCGUUUGAAAGUUUCCACCACGGAAAUGGGCGACCGUAAUAGCAGGGAGAGCGAUCCACAAAACAGGGAGUGUGCGCAGCGCGUAUACCGAGCGAGUUGUGAAUUAUGGCAGUGCUUUAAUGCAGAGUAGAUCUUUAAACGUGCUGUAGUGCCUCAACGAAGCGUUUGUGCAAGGGAAAGAAUGAUUUGGUUCUUUGUGCGUAUGCGCUUUGACAGCAUAUUUCGUAUGCUGCGCAAGGUCUUUCGUGUGGCUCAAAGGCUGUUGCUGGACGGCAUAGAAAAGUGAGAAAAGUAUAGAUUCAGGCUGAGGAUUGCUAGAAAAUUAUACAAGUAUUCGGAUAAAUCUACUGACUACGAGUGGGAGGUAUUCGUAUAUCAAUAGCGGAAAAUAAAACUAAGAAACGUUAUUGUUGCAAAA